GCUUGGCAGUGGCGGGCGUGGCCAGAGCCACCACCAGCGGCCAAGAUGGCUGCCAAACAGGCGUCCGCCAUGUUCGGCAAGCCCCUCACGGAGGCUCAACUGCUGGAGCGAUUCCAAUCCUGCUUGAAAACUCAGGGCGUCAAGUUCGUCAAGCUCAAGGCCACGCUGGCCAAUGUGCGGUUCUGGGAUUGUAAGAGCAAGCGCGCUGAGGCGCCCGGCAACCUCAGGGGCCGCAGAAUCCUGGCUGCGGUGCAGCUUCGCCAGCUGUGGGUGAUGAAUCAGCAGUGUGGGCUGCUGCUGGAGCUGCGGGACGUCAAGCUGGACGAGGACGUGGAAGAGUGCCCGCUAUAG